UGCCGUGAAAAUUUGAUCAACAAGCAAUAAGAAUGACACUUGCGCGAAUGGUAUGACGAACUAGACCACAACUACUUUUGUGAACUUUGUGCCGGAAGUGGGAAGCCUACUAAUGAAGAUUGGCAAAUGUGAGUAAGUUGGUUACUUUUCUACGCUAAUUUUUAUGAAUUAACCAAACGUAUUUCUGGAUCCUCCUAUACUACAUCAAAUAAUUUUUUCCAUAAAAUGAGUAUGUUUCAUUGCCUUUUGGAGGAAUUGAUGGAAAGUUCAGAUUUGGAAUUAUCUGGAAUGACAAAAAAAAUGAAACAGAAGUAUGACAAAUAUUUUGGAAACGUUGUCAAAUUGAAUAUGUUAACUAUUGUGGCUGUCAUUCUUGAUCCGAGGCACAAAAUGGGGUUUGUGUUAUUUGCAUUAGGGCAAAUGUAUCCUGGUGAAGUUGGUGUGCAAAUGAAGAAAAAGGUGCAAGAUAUAACAAGUAGCAUGUUUGAAGAAUAUAGAAAAAUGGUUGAACCUCAAGAUGGAAGUGCUUCUAAAUCCAAGGAGACUAUGGGCGGUGCUUCUAGUGAGGAGAAUGUCAACCAACAACCUGCUGAAAAAAUGAAAAUGCUGAUGGUUUCUAGAUACAAAAAAUUUAGAUAUGAAAUUGGUGGUGAAGAUGCAAAAUCAGAUUUGGACAAGUACCUUGGAGAGGAGGUUGAGGAUGAUCAUCAAGGAUUUAACAUUUUGAAGUGGUGGAAAGACAAUGGUAAUAGGUUUUCCAUUGUAGCAAACAUGGCACGUGAUGUGUUAGCUAUCCCAAUUUCAAUUGUGGCUUCAAAGUCUACUUUUAGCACGGGCGGACGUGUCUUAGAUCCAUUUAGGAGUUCUUUAACUCCUACAGUCAUAGAAACUCUGAUUUGCACUCAAGAUUGGUUACGAGGCUCACGUGAACCAGUGAAUGUUGAAGAAAAAUUGGAAUAUAUCGAAAAAAUUGAGAAAGGUAUUUGUAAGAUGACAGUGGGGAAGGAGCCAUCUAAUGCCAUGGAAGAGUAAUUGGUAUGCUGAUGUUUUACACUUUUUUACUGAACUGAUGAUAGUUUGUGAAUGUUUUACUUGCACUGAAGUUUG